CCGACUACGGGAAGCGACAAAACCGAAGCAGGCAAAGAAAAUGGCUAUUCAAAUUGGACUGGGUAACUUUUACCAAAUGAAGGAGAAGAUUAUUUUGACCGCUAGCAUACAAGUAAUUAAUUUGAAAAGUAUAAGGAUAUUUUUGUCAAUUUAUAUAAAAACACUUCCUUUACUAACACUCCAUUUCUAUGCUCUUCCAAACAACGUAAGUUUAUGUCUUACACUCACCUUUCCCUUCCCGGCCUAUAACAACACUUACUAUCACUUUCAUUACUAACACCUUCUAACACUUCAUCCAAAUAGGUCCUAAAGAGAGGGUAAAUUAGUCACUCAUGCUCCUAUUUAGGGUAAAUUAGGAACAUUAGUCUCAUUUAAGGAAUAAAAAUAUACAUGCUCCUGUUUUGGAAUUUCGUCAACAAUUUACUACUCCUAAGACAGUAAUCACGUUUCAUCGUACACCAAGGGAAGAGCACGGACGCCUAAUUCACGAUUCGCUGAUUCCCAAAAUUUCCAGAUUCAGAGGGGCUUGGAGUUCACACUAGGUGGCCAAGCAUGACAUCCGCCACAAACACUCCAGGUUACUGGCUGAACUGGCGAUUCCUAGUGUCUGCCAUAUGGGUCUUUGCAGCUAUGGUGAUUUCUGCAUUGAUAAUUUUGAGGUAUGAAGGCUCAUCAAAAUCAACAAAUCAAGAGGGGGAAGAUCAGCAAGAAAAAGUAAGGACUUUGCACAAGGAUGACGUUUGGAAGACAUGUAACGAAUCCAUCCAUCCUGUUUGGCUGCUUACUUACAGGGUUUUUGCUUUUUUGCUUCUUCUGGGGUUGCUCUUUGCAGAUGCUGUUUUACAUGGUGUUGGCAUUUUUUACUUUUACACUCAGUGGACACUUACUCUGGUCACCGUCUACUUUGGGGUAGGAUCUUUACAAUCCAUAUAUGGGAUGAAGUCUUCUAAAGAUCUCACUUCUGAGAUAGAGAGCUCAGAUUUCGAUAGCGGUUCAUCUCUUCUGAAAGCGUCUGGUAUUGGAGGUUAUGCUGCUCAGAUCAUAUUUCAGAUGUGUGCAGGGGCUGUGGUGCUUACAGACACUGUUUUCUGGCUCAUAAUUUACCCAUUUCUCACUGAUAGCGAUUACCAGUUGCAUUUCCUGGAUGUUUGUCUGCAUUCUGUAAAUGCUGUUUUCCUUUUAGGCGAUGUUGCUCUAAAUCGCCUUAGUUUCCCUUUCUUCCGGAUUGCAUAUUUUCUCCUGUGGACUUGCGGGUUUGUCACUUUCCAGUGGAUUAUCCAUAUGUGUGUUUCCCUGCGGUGGCCUUAUUCCUUUUUGGACUUGUCAUCUCCAUAUGCUCCCUUAUGGUACUUGGGGGUUGGGGCGCUUCAUUUUCCAUGUUUCUUUGUGUUUGCUCUUAUCAUAAGUGCAAAACAUUAUUUACUGUCAACAUUUGUUCAUUGUCAUGCUCAACACCAGUAUAGGAUUAUUUGAGUGCUCAAUUGGGAAUAGUCUGAAGAUCAAUUUGGUUAAUUUGUAUCUAUAUGUGAAAACUUGCCUACUACAGCCCACAGGGUGGAUACUACUCAUUUAAGCAAGCAGCAGAUGAUGUACUCAGUAUACAAACUUCUCUCUACAGAAAACUCCAAAUAUGUUGUAAUGAAAGUGGGAUGAAAAAUUUCACCCUAUUCUCACACGAUAGUAACACCGAAAACUUCGGUAUUGUAGACCAAAUUCCACCCUUUUCAAUGCCUUAUACCCCAACGGCACCUGCAUAUUUGACAACUAAAAAUUUAUACAAUGCAGUACCUACAAUUUCAGUAUGGGACGAAGUCCGUAAUGAACCACACUGAAUAUAAGUGUUAGUGAAUUUGCAAGGACAAUAUUGGUAUAUAGCGAAAUUUUUGUAUACUGAAAUUCGGGGUGUACUGAAAUUUUAGGUAUG